AUGGUCGCCGUGGGGGACAAGGUGGUGGUCAAAGCCACGGGUGCCUCCGGUGCCGUCUCGCAGAGUAAUGGGCAUGCGUCCAAAGUAUGUGGGCUCUGGUACCUGAAUGAUGAGCUUCAAGCUGCAUCGCAACCCAUGAAGUGCGGUGGUGGAGCCCCGAGCUACCCCGGCGGCGCUGCCGGUGGUGCAGGCAUGAUGGUCGGUGGAUGGAGUGGCGGCCGACCGCUGAAGGAUGCAGACAAGGAGGUUUGGGCGCAGCUGUGCAAAACGCGAGAAGCGGAGCUCGGAGCACUGGGGAUGCCCUCGUCGGUGUCCGAGCAAGUGGUGGCUGGCAUCAAGUAUAGCUUCAUGUUCGACAGCGGGGCGAAAGUGAUUGCCUUGAGCGUUCCGUGGAUGAACAAGCUGGAGGUGUUGGAGUUUCAGAAGUCCUGA